AUGGCGGGCACAGGAGGUCGGCGCAAGACGGCCACAGCCGCGCCAGACCUCCUGGCCAUCGCCUUGAUGACGCCGGUUGUCGGCGGGUGCUGGUAUCUAGGCUGCGACUCCGCCCCCGACUUCUCGAGCUACCCCCUGGAGUGGGCAUCGAGGCCCAACAAGGAGCACUUGAAGGCCUGGGACACCCCGCGCAGGCAGCUCCACGAGAUCGGCGAAGGCAGGAGGUUCAGCCAGACGUGCAUGGAGGAGGCUUGGACCACCGCGUUCGAGGAUCGGGUGAAGGAGCACAUCGCCAAGAAGAUGAUGGAGAAGGACCCCGCCAGUGUCGGCCAGAAGAGAGGCCCGAAGGUGAAGAUGGAUGGACAUCGGUACUUACAAUCGCGGGCUGCUCGGAAGAUCUUCACCCACUGGCAGAAGCUGAACGGCUACCUCCAGUCGCCGCUGCGCUCGAAGGCAGACGAGGAGACCCAGGACGGCGAGCCCGACUCCAAGACCAUCGACGACGACGACGAGGACAUCUGCGAGAACCAGAAGGCUGAGAUCUACAAGGCCAUGCUCGAGGACGACAGCGACCUCGAGGGGCGUCUCGCUGAACAUCUGCCUGUCGAUCUACUUCGGCGGCGUCUUUGAGAGGG